AUGUCUCCUUUGAAUCCAGACCUCCGAGCAUUCAGAGUGCGGCCUCGCCCCAACCGAUUGCCCCCCGGCGUCGUUGCUGCUGAGGUGUAUGGGCUUCCCAACUGGAGCGCAGCCGAGCUCAAUGCGAUUAAAGCUGAUGCUGCGGCGGAAGCCGUUGCAGAGCGUCGGAGGCGCAACAUUGGUGGGCCUGGAGGGGGUGCCGCUCCUGCGGCGGUUGCUGCGCCAGUGGCUGCCGUGAGUCCUGCGGCUCCUCUGACGGCAGCUUCAGCUGGCGAACCACGGGCCCCUGGUGCAGUCGAUGUCGCUGGGGAUCAGGGCGUUUGGGUGUAUGCUGAGUCUGAUUGCGGGGUCGUUUUCGGAGAUAGAGCCCAAGGGGUACAAGAUGCACCAGUUAUUGGGGACAAGAUCAUUCAUGUCUUGGCCAAUGGUAAGAAGGUUUUUUGCAUAUGUGUGGGAGAGAAGACCGUAGACGAUUUCAACAACAGACCUGCCAUGUGUGAUGGCCGCAUCCUUGCACGUAAGAAGAAUGCAUUGGGCCUUCCCGAGAUGACUCUCAAUGAUGUGUCUGCCCAAAGCAAGCAAUAUGAGUUGGGAUGGAAGAUCGUUGGCCCAAAGACCUCCAAAUGGUGUUUGGCAUACCUGGCUGUUGAAGGAUUGGGCCUUGAAGGCCAUCACGAACGUUUUCGUCAGUUGUGCAAGCUGGAGACUUCAAGCUGGGGGGUCAUGGAGCAUUUUCAGAUUUCUAUGUUUGUUAAGCACCUCUUGCAGACCGACAUGAUCAAUGCAUGCAACAGUCAAGGUAUCGAGCUCAUGUUUCGUAGACUCCAAACCAUUGAGUAUGCCCAUAGUGAGAAGGCCCGUGAGGCCGAGUCCAAGGCCACAGGUGGUAAGCUAUCCCUUGAAGAGCAAGCGUCAUUUGGUAGUGUGGUUCGGCAGAGUGGCACCCUCAUGAUCUCCCCCGACCUCCUGUCUCAUGUCAAGGAAGAAGUUGAGCGAGACGCCGCACUUCAAAAGAACCUGCGGAAGGCGAGAGAGGAGAGGGAGUUGGCGAGGAAGCAGAACAAAGGCAAGAAGAAUGAGGAAGCUGUGGAUGGGUCGGCCCAGUUGCCCGGGAAAUCCUCGACCUUUUUGGUUUCAGAUGAUAGGGCUGUUCAACGCGAUCUUUUUCCUUUGCCAAGCUGUUCGUCCCUGGAGAAACCCCGGUCUGUUCCUUGUUGCCGCAAAGUGAGGCGCAGGUUGGAGAAAACUUCACAUGUUGAUCAGCUGACCGAGGAGUGCGUUGUGGCCUUGAAUUCACUUUACAGGGCGGUCAGCCAGCUCCGGGCCUUUGAUGGAUAUGGGGAAGACCAGUGCCCAGCUUCCAUCGCCACUUACGUGCCGGAGUUGCUCUCGCUGCCGGACAAGGGGAACAAAUCCAUGCCUCUUGCUCAGUUGCUUGGUGAUGACGGUGGAGUGAUUGUGAGUGACUUUAUUCGCUCUAGACUUCUGGAUGAGAAUGAGGCCCUCAAGAAUUUGAGGGAGUGCGGGGUGAAACAGUGGGAGAUUGGGGUUCACAGUCUGGAUGGAGUGGAGGACUAUGGUGCGGCUAUCUGGGCCAACACCGAUUUGCAGGCCAGCAGUGGGUUACAGCCGUUGCGUGUGGUAGAGGCCAAGAGGGACAAAGAAAUUUUCACCCAAGCCCCAAAAAAGGGCCACUCGAAACAAGUCAAGUCGAAGGCCAAACCCAAACCGUCUCCUCUGAUUCAGAGACCGAAGAAAAGCAAGCAGGAGCGACAGGCAACUCUGAAAGCUGUCGGGGGUCUCCGAGCAGCGUCGGUGGGGGAAACCUGCAGAAAACGUUAUGCGGACUGUUGGGCUCUGUUCACCCAACACACUGGACUGACUGGGGACCCAGCGGCAGACAACAGCGUUGUGGACAGCCUGCUCGCAGAUUUUCUGGAGUAUCUUUUUGGAGAGGGGGAAGAUCUCAGCAAAGCUCAGUACAUGGUAGCAGCAGUGACUUUCUUCAUGCCACACUUGAAGGGUCCACGCAUGACAAAGCUACCCAUGACCCGCCAGGCUUUGCAAGGGUGGAGGAAGUUAGACCCUCCACGCUCAAGGCUCCCUCUGCCUUGGGAAGCAGUGUGUCUGAUGAUGGUGCACUUCAUCAAAUCCAACGAGACCGAGAUGGCCCUGAUGAUUGCCCUUUGCUUCACCCUUUAUCUCAGGCCAGGGGAGGUCACCCGUCUUCGUGUGAUGGACUUCAUCAGGCCUGUAGGCCGGGGCAAGGGUCAGUGGUCAGUGGUCCUUCACCCAAGCGAGGAGGAAGUCAGCAGCAAGACCGGAGAAUUCGACGAGACAGUCAUGUUCGAUCUCGAUCACCACACCUUUGUGCCCAAGGCCGUGUUCAAGGUGAUGCGAUUGGGGCAAAGAGGUCCGAGGGAACUCAUCUUUCGACACUCUGCCACCGACAUGAAGAAUGCCAUGGAGAGAGCCAGCUCUUGCCUUCAGCUGGAAGCACUAGGACCGGCUCACCCGUACAGACUCCGUCACGGGGGGGCCAGUCGCGACUUUGCCCUGAAGCUGAGGCGAUUGGAAGAGAUCCAACGUCGCGGCCGAUGGAAGAGCUUCGCCUCCGUUCGGAGGUACGAGAAGGGAGGAAGGCUCCAACAGCUCCUUCGGCAGUUACCAAAGAAGGUCCUCAGCGACGCUCUCGACGCCGCAAGCAACAUCGAGCAAAUUUUCCUGCGCCUGCGCUAG